CUUUCCAUAUCUUAGGAGGGGCCAACAACCCAUCUUCAUCAUUCCUCUCCCCCAUAUUCCAUCACUUUCCCUUUACUGCAAGGUCUUCUUCCAUAAAUAAAUACCCUGCAAAACAAAUGAUAACUUCCGCAAAAAACGGUGGUGUAACCUGAUGGCCCAAGUGAGUUAUCUGCGCAGGCCUGUAGGCAUCGCAAGGGAACAACUACGAGAACUACUACCGCUCCAAUUGGCAGUUGAUGCUAUUAUGCAAUUCCAACCCCGUCAGCUAUCAGCUGCCCACGUUCACUGAUAGGCAACUCGUCGCCCCUGGAAGAUCAAUACCAGAAAGAGUUCUACCGCUGUCUAUUCCCUAUACUGGAUGGCCAUUUUAUAAUGUCCCCUGAGUUUGUGAUUAAGACAGGCACUAAGGGUGGGACAAUUGACUUUCAUGUCUCCCGGAAGAAGUGGGGUUUCGAACUCCUAAGAGGUCGCGAUCGCCUAGUUGAACACAUGAAAAGAUUCGAGCCUGGCGGACAAUAUUUCAGUAUGAUGGAAUCAGGGAAUAUAGAACAGUAUAUUGUUCUGGACUUCACAGUUGCACAAUUGACAAAACCUCAUCCAGAAUAUCAGGACAUUGUGUUUUCUCAAAACUACUGAGAAGUUAAAAUGAUCGAUGCAUCAGAUUUGAACACUGUCAGCUCCUUUACUUUGAUGGAGAAUGCUAAUCCUAUUACAUGAUAUCUUGUUGUGGAGAUUACCACUUCUCUGUCCGUCGUAUCUUGUAAUAUGAUUAGUAUCGGAGUGGCUUGCCGCAGUGAUUCUUCCAAAUCUUCCCACUUCAACUCUGCUGACAGUUCAAUUGCUUUGGUCCAACAAUAGCUAACAGCAAUGUCUGCAAGUUAAAUGAUCCAUCAUAUUAUCUAGCUCAGGCUGAAACCCAGCUGGUGCAUCCCAUCACUUACUGUGCCCAGCAAUCCAUCGGACAGAAUUUGAGUUUUUGGUACCUCUUGACUUGCCAUAAUCUUCUGGCACCUGGGAGAGAUCCUUAUCCAUAUCAUCAGCCAGGUCUUCAUAAUGGGUCCAAUGAAGCAGCUCCACAGACGAAACAUUUUUGUCUCUACUGGGCUUCCCACCUAGCCUUUUAGCUACUUGAGGCUACUUGAGGCCCUAGAGGAGGACAUUCUGAUUCUGUCAGGUUGGGGUUGGAGUUGAGUUGAAACAUUUGGUCACGGUUAGUGUUGGUGGAUACACUAGUGCUUUUGCUGGAGGAGGGGGGCCUCAUUUUGAUCUGUCUUCAACAAGAUAUGGCUGAAGGCUUACAAAACCCAUAGGGUAAAGUUGCUGAGAGGCUUGAGAUAGUGACAGACUCUUGCAAAAGAGCGAAGAGCAGUGAAUGAAAGAGUUGAUCCUAGCAACUUGAAUAUCAACUAGAUAGAAAUAAAGGGUGAAUGGGCAAGAUUUGGGAGUGACUGGACUUUUUAACCAUGGCAGCUGGGUGCCAGCUAGCCCUUAGCCGGCAGGUCGCUAGGAGGCCAUUUUUGAUACCCUUCUGAAACUAGGAAGCAAAUGGUGUUGCGGACAAAAAAUGCUACAAUGUGGAAUUUGUGGUCUGAGGAUGUUACGUCUAGUUGGUGGG